AACAGCCGAGGUGACGCUUGGGUCACUAAUGGGCAUGAAUGAUGAGUUAUUGAGAGGCAUGUUGAAAUCAACUCCAGGAGAUGAAAGGAGCUGAAAUCUCUCCUAGAGGCAAAAUGAGCUGGUGCUGGAUGUGUCUUUAUUCUUAUGAUGGAAGGGGAUGUGUGAGAGCGUGGCAUAUACUGGGGACACUUUCCCCACUUUACUGAGGACUGGGCUGCCGUUUUCCUUAUCUUCGCCUUCUACUUCUCCUGGUAAAGUUUUGGACAGUGCUUUCCCAAGAGGUGUGAUGAGAAAUGGCUUUAGGAAACACCCAGCGAAGUUAUUCCAUCAUCCCAUGUUUCAUCUUUGUCGAGCUUGUCAUCAUGGCUGGGACCGUUCUGCUCGCCUACUACUUCGAGUGCACUGACACUUUCCAGGUGCAUAUCCAGGGUUUCUUCUGUCAGGAUGGAGAUUUGAUGAAGCCUUACCCAGGAACGGAGGACGAGAGCUUUAUUUCACCUCUGGUGCUGUAUUGUGUGCUGGCUUCGACCCCGACAGCUAUUAUUUUUAUCGGCGAGAUCUCCAUGUAUUUCAUAAAGUCAACCCGAGAAACCCUGAUUGUCCAGGAGAAAACUAUCUUGACCGGAGAGUGCUGUUACCUGAACCCAUUACUUCGAAGAAUUAUACGGUUUAUAGGGGUGUUUGCAUUUGGACUUUUUGCCACUGACAUAUUUGUAAAUGCUGGCCAGGUAGUGACCGGGAACUUGGCUCCUUACUUCCUGACGGUGUGUAAACCCAACUACACGGGGAGCGACUGCCGGGCUCACCAUCAGUUCAUAAACAAUGGGAAUAUCUGCACCGGGGACCUGGAGGUGAUUGAAGAGGCAAGGAGAUCCUUUCCAUCCAAACAUGCUGCUUUGAGCAUUUACUCAGCCCUCUACGCCACGAUGUACAUCACAAGCACAAUUAAAACAAAGAGCAGCAGACUAGCAAAGCCUGUGCUGUGUCUGGGGACCCUCUGUGCUGCCUUCCUCACCGGGCUAAAUCGAGUUUCCGAGUAUCGAAACCACUGUUCGGAUGUGAUUGCAGGCUUCAUCUUGGGAAGCGCGGUAGCGUUGUUUCUGGGAAUGUGCGUUGUCCAUAACUUUAAAGGAACACAUGGAGCUCCUUCUAAACCGAAGCCUGAAGAUCCCCGAGGGAUGCCCCUCAUGGCUUUUCCAAGAGUGGAAAGUCCCCUGGAGACACUGAGUGCACAGAAUCACUCUGCCUCUAUGACUGAAGUAACCUGAGCUGGAAGAUGGCAAGAGAAGCUAUUUUUAUUACCCUUCAGUACAAUGCUCCAAGACACACAGUUACUAAAUGUCCAACUGUGACGACCAGUAUUAUGUUAUGUCUAGUUAGAGGCUGAUGUUUUGUACAUUUUUUGUAUGAGGAAGUGAUGUAGCUUGCCCUGAGUUUUUUUGUCAGCUUUAAUAUAUUUAUGCGAGAAUUUAAAAACAAAAACAAAACAAAACAGAACCCAACCUCUUUUCUUGUUUAAAGUGUGCACUGAGGAACUACAGCUAUGGAAUUGUUGAUGUUGUUAUGUGAUAUUUGUACACAGACUUU